UAGGGGUGGAGCCACGAGCCCGUGGAACGUCCCGCUGCCACGAUCCGCCACGUCCUCCCCGCGCGCUGAAGGCGGGGCCUGCGCAGCGCGAUCCUCGAACGUAUCGGAUUGCCACGCGGGUUCAAACCAUGUCUGAAAGCGGCCGGAUACCUCAGGCCCGGGCGCUUCUGCAGCAGUGCCUGCACGCCAGGCUGCAAGUACGUCCAGCCGAGGGAGACGCCGAGAGCCAGUGGGUGGAGGUUCAGAGAGGAUUAGUAAUCUACGUGUGUUUUUUCAAGGGAGCUAAUAAAGAACUUCUUCCCAAAAUGGUUAAUACACUGUUAAAUGUGAAGUUAAGUGAAACAGAAAAUGGUAAGCACGUGUCUAUAUUGGACCUACCUGGCAAUGUUCUAAUCAUCCCUCAAGCCACCCUUGGGGGGAGAGUAAAAGGAAGAAACAUGCAGUAUCACUCUAACUCUGGAAAAGAAGAAGGCUUGGAACUUUAUUCCCAAUUUGUGAUUCUAUGUGAAAAAGAACUGGCUGCCAACAGCAAGUGUGCCGAAGCUGGGGUUGUGGUGGAACAUGGUACAUACGGGAACAGGCAGGUGUUACAGCUGGAUACCAACGGACCAUACACACACCUAAUUGAGUUUUGAAAAAUUAAAAGUUUCUACAGUUGUUUUCUGGUAUAAAAUGAUCUCAACUAUAAUUCGAUUUUCUUCCUCUUGAAUACACUAAUCUGUAGCAUUUUUAGACAAGAAAAUCCUGGGUCCUAUCCAUACCUCUGCAACCUGUUAAUUGGAUGACCUUGCCUUGCCAAGUCACCAAACUCUGGAUCUCAGUCACCUUUCGUCCUGCUUUCCCCUACACUUCCACUUGAAAACUUGAAAAAUGCUUUCUAUUCACCUUAUAGUCACUGUGGAAAUAUUCUUAGAGAGCUGUAUUUAAGUAUUUUGCAUGAAGAAUUUGUGCGAUCAAGAAAAAUAUUUCUUAUACCCUCAAAUGUAUGAAGUAUGUAAUAAAAAUAACUUUGUAUUAAAAUUAGGUAAAAUCCCACGCAAACCAAUUACAGUUUUGUCAAUUUUGUUUUACUUAUUCUGUUUUCCAUAUUCUGUUCAGUUUUCCAUAUUCUGAAUGAAAACAAUAUAUUAUUUACUAUUCUUUUUAAUAAUAUCUGUGAAAAUGUAGUCUAGAAAUGUUAUUGUGCAUUAUAUUACUUUCCAAGGACAUCCAAGUGCUUUAAAUCAUUUUAAGAAUCUUUAGUUGAGGGGUGCCUGGGUGGUUCAGUCGGUUAAGCGUCUGCCUUCUGCUCAGGUCAUGAUCCCAGGAUCCUGGGAUCAAGUUCCACAUCAGGCUCCUUGCUCAGCAGGGAGCCUGCUUCUCCCUCUGCCUACCACUCCCCCUGCUUGUGCUCUCGCUCGCUCUCUCUGACAAAUAAAAAAAUCUUAAAAAAAAAAAGAAUCUUUAGUUGAGGGGUGCCUGGGUGGCUCAGUCGUUAAGCAUCUGCCUCCAGCUCAGGUUGUGAUCUCAGAGUCCUGGGAUGGAGCCCUGCACAGGCUCUGUGCUCAGCGAGGGGUCUCCGUCUCCCUCUGCCUCUGUGCUCUCUCACUCUCUCUCGCUCUCAAGCAAAUAAGUAAAAUCUUUUAAAAAAAUCUUAAGUUGAUACAAGAACAAGGUAUGAAGAUUAAAAAAUGUUUUUAUUUGGGGCCCCUGGGUGGCUCAGUCAUUAGGCGUCUGCCUUCAGCUAGGUCGUGAUCCCAGAGUUCUGGGAUUGAACCCCACAUUGGGCUCCCUGCUCAGUGGGAAGCCUGCUUCUCCUUCUCCCACUCCUCCUGCUUGUGUUCCCUCUCACUGUGUCUCCCUCUGUCAAAUAAAAUCUUUAAAAAAAAGUUUUUAUUUAAUAUACCAAUUGGUUAAUUAAUACUUCUGUUUCUCAGUUUUUUAAUGUAUGUCUCAUUUUCUGUCCUUGGUUUUUAAAAGUUACUGCUUUGUGAAAUUAUGUUCAUAAGUGUUCUAGGAAGUCCUUUCUUACUUAGAUUGCCAUAAAAGGAAGAAAAAGAAAAAGGGAAGCUUUCUACUGCAAUUAUUUGGAAACAAGCUGACUUGUUCUUUUCCAUAUUAUUUAACGAUUUCGAGCCAGUGUUUUUUCUGUUAGUGAAUGUUUGUGCCCCACUCCCAUUCACAUGUUGAAGUCCCCCAAUUUGAUGGUAUUUGGAGAUGGGGCUUUGGGAGGUAAUUAGGGUUAAUGAGAUCAUAAGAGUGGGUCCCUCAUGAUGGGAUUAGAAUCUUCAUAAGAAGAGUAACCAGAGAGCUUGCUUGCUCGUUCUCUUUGCUCCCACCAUGUGAGGAUGCAGUAGGAAGGGGGCUAUCUACAAACUAGGAAGAGAACCCUUAUCAGAAACUGACCAUGUUGACACCUUGAUCUUGAACUUGCAGCCUCCAGACUGUGAGAAAAUAAUUUUCUGUUGUUCAAGCCACUCAGUCUAUGGUAUUUUGUUAGGACAACCUGAGCUGAUGAAGAUAGUGAUACAAGAUAGACAGCUAAUGGGGUAGAUUUUUCAGUCAAGAGAAGAAGAUAUAUGAGAAACUGAAAGAAUAAAUGAAUCAAAAAAAGAUAAUCAGUUUUUGCAAACUCCUCUGACUUUAUUUGAAAAGAUAUUUUGAAGUGUAAAUACCAAAUAAUAUUUCUAAUUACCAAAAGAUGAAGAAAAUAACUUGAAUAAACAUCUUAA